AUGGGUGUUUCCAGACCCGAAGAAGCGUCGGAGCAGGCCCAGGGCCCUCUGGGACAAGGCACUUCUGACAUGGAGAAGAGCACGGUUGCUCCUCGCUCUCAAGAUGUCAGCGGCUACUCCUCUGAUGACCCUUCCGAAAGGUACCAGAACGGAGUCCAAGGCGUACGAGCAAUCACGAGUGUUUGGUCCAAGUACACUCUCUGGAGCAUGUUUGCUCUUACUUACAAGAAGAUCUGUGUUAGUCUGUACCUCAUUUCCUUUUUUGAUUACCUACAGAACGCCAUCGAUUCUUCUCUCAACCCUUUCAUCACCUCGUCUUUCGGCAGCCACGGCCUUCUGAACGUUGGUAGCAUUCUCUCGACCAUCGUCGGAGGAUGCGCACCUCUCGCUCUGGCCAAGAUAAUCGAUAUAUGGGGCCGUGUUGAGGGCUUUGUGGGCAUGCUCACUAUCUGUGUCAUUGGAAUGAUCAUGAAGGCCACCUGCGAAAGCGUGGAAAUGUACGUUAGCGCCCACGUUCUCUACUGGACUGGCCACAUUGGCAUGGCCUAUGUCAUCGAAGUCAUGAUAUCGGAUAUGACUUCUCUCAGAAACCGCAUGAUCAUCUUCACUCUCAACGGCACACCUCGCAUUGCUAGCACCUUUGCUGGUCCCGCUAUCGCCGACCUAUUCUUGGAAAAUGUCAACUUCCGAUGGGCUUUCGGCGCCUUUGCUAUCAUCCUCGUCGCUUUCAGCAUCCCGGCUAUGGGUCUCAUGGUGUACAUGUCCCGACAAGCUUCCAAGGCGGGACUUAUCCACAAGGAGCGGUCCGGCAGGACCUGGGUACAGUCCAUUAGCCAUUACGCGAUAGAGCUGGAUUUGUUUGGAGUUAUCCUCAUUACAGGAGCCCUUUCCUGCCUUCUUCUUCCUUACAGUCUGGCUUCUUAUGCACCCGACUAUUGGUCAACCCCCUACAUCAUUGCCAUGGAGGUCCUGGGAGUUGUCCUAUUCCCCAUUUUCUACCUCUGGGAAGCCAAGUUUGCUCCUGUGCAGUUUCUUCCCUUCAAAUACCUCAAGCAGGGAACUAUUAUUGGUUCCUGCCUACUUUACGGAAUCAUGUUUCUUUCAACCUUUACCUGGAACUCCUACCUCUACUCUUAUCUUCAGGUCGUUCAUAGGGAGGGCGUCAAAGAUGCCAGCUACAUCUUGAACGCUUACUCUCUGACUGCUUCCAUUCUUUCCCCACUUGUUGCUUGGUUCAUCAGCUACACUGGAAACUUCAAGUGGACGGCCUACGCUGGAGUUCCCAUCAUGCUCCUGGGUACCGCACUCAUUCUUCCCUUGCGCCACCCCAAGUAUGACGGCAGUGUCAUAGCCGGCACUCAGGUCAUUGUUGGCCUGGGUAGCGGCAUUUUCACUACCUGCAGCCAGAUUGCUGUCAUGGCUCCCGUUACGCACCAGCAGCUGGCUGUUGCCAAUGCCCUUGCUGGACUUUUUGGUGGUGUUGGCGCUGCUGUCGGCCUGGCUAUUGCUGGAGGACUGUGGAACAACCUGCUCCCCAAGGAGCUGAAAAAACGCCUGCCAGAGGCGGCAAAGGCCGACUCUCGCACGAUAUUCGGGGACAUCGUGUUGCAGAUGUCAUUUGCAGAUGGUUCACCGGAGAGGGAGGCCAUAGUUGGCGCCUACUCCCAUGUUAUGAGGUACAUGGUUAUUACCGGCGUGUGCCUCAUGCCUCUCUGCCUAGCUUCCAUUUUCAUAUGGAAGAACAUUAACAUCCGCAAGCUUGAGGAGGAGAAGGGAAAGCAGACAAAGGGAACUGUCUUCUAG